AUGACAUAUCAACCAACGUGUGAUUGGUAUGGGCGUCGACACUUAGGAGGAGGACUUGUCAUAUCUCAUCAUGAACAAAGUUUAGAAUUGUUUUCUCCUUUCUUCAUAAAAAAAGGGUGGACAAUGAGAGUGAAAUGUGAUGUCCCUGCCAGACUUAACUGUCAGAUAGUGCUCACUGGAAAAGCCCUCCUGAAGAAUUUGGAUUCACAAGCAUUUUCUAAGGACAACCUAAGCCACAUAAACCUUGUCACAUCUCACCAAAACCAAAAUGUCAAUACGAGAAAGUGGUGUAAGAUAGCAGAGAAUUGUUUUGAGACAGGAAAGGAAAGGACAUGA